AUGGUGCACUUCUACACCGCCAUCUUUGAGUCCGUCCUCAUAUCCUCCAUCACCAUCUGUUGUAAGAGACAGUGGGAUGCCACAACAGCACCACACCGGCCCCACUGGCAGGCAGGCAAGAAUCCCAGCAGCCAGGAGGCCAAGGCCAGUUUCCUGAAGUGGCUGCAGACACGUGCAGAUCAAAAUGGCCUCCUGACAUUGUCUAAGACAUCCCUCAGGAUAGUGUCCUGUUCUGAGCUCCAGGAUGGUCCUUUACUGCCUCAGGGCUCUCAGGCCCUGGUCACCAACUCCUCAGAGUCCCAGAGUUGGGCACAGUUCAGUAUGGAGACCUACAGCAAGAACCUGAAGACCAGCCUAUUGGGGCGCACCCUGCUGUACGCUGAGGAGGCCAAGGCCAGUUUCCUGAAGUGGCUGCAGACACGUGCAGAUCAAAAUGGCCUCCUGACAUUGUCUAAGACAUCCCUCAGGAUAGUGUCCUGUUCUGAGCUCCAGGAUGGUCCUUUACUGCCUCAGGGCUCUCAGGCCCUGGUCACCAACUCCUCAGAGUCCCAGAGUUGGGCACAGUUCAGUAUGGAGACCUACAGCAAGAACCUGAAGACCAGCCUAUUGGGGCGCACCCUGCUGUACGCUGAGGUUGUCACAUCUACCAUGGACCUGUUAGAAGGGCUGACUCUGCACUUACCAAAGGACGUGAGUUUGAUAGCGGUAGCUGCCCAACAAAACCAGGGCAGAGGUCGUGGCAGGAAUGCCUGGCUAAGCCCUCAGGGUUGUGCCAUGUUCACUCUGGGGGUCCAGGUUGAGCUGAGCUCCAGGCUCGGACAGAGGAUUCCCUUUCUGCAGCAUCUGGUUGCUCUGGCGGUGGUGGAGGCUGUUCGCACCCUUCCUGGAUACCAGGACAUAGACCUGAGGGUGAAGUGGCCCAAUGACAUCUACUACAGUAACCUGAUGAAGCUUGGGGGAGUACUGGUGACUUCCACUGUAAUAGGAUCAACCUUUCAUCUGCUCAUAGGCUGCGGGUUCAAUGUGACAAACAGUAACCCAACAGUGUGCAUCAAUGACCUGAUCCAGCAGUACAACAUACAGCAUAACUGCAGUCUGCAGCCGCUGAGCUGCGCUCAGCUCAUUGCUCGGACUGUCAGCUGCUUGGAGGCUCUCAUCAGCAGCUUCCAACAAGGAGGUCCAGAUGCCGUCCUACCCAUCUACUACAAGAGAUGGCUUCACAGUGGGACUCAGGUGCGUCUCUGGAGUGAGGACGGGCUGGAGGCUGAGGUGGUGGGUCUGGACUGCAAUGGCUUCCUUCAAGUGCACAGCAAGGAGCAGGGCGUGGUCUCAGUGGAGCCUGAUGGAAACUCUUUCGACAUGUUGAGGAACCUAGUGGUCAUCAAGCAGCGUUAGGACCAAACUCUCUUUCAGCUUAUUCAUGUUAUUUAGUCGGAAAAAUGUAACUAUAAAAACUACAAUAAUGUACUAGGUUUUCUAAUUGAUCAAUACAUUGUUAAAUAUGUUACUGGUUUAAAGUGGGAGUAUUGGGUAGCUUCUCCUUAUGUUAACAUGACCUACAUUUAAAUUAGUUAGGGUUGUUGGAAAACCUGCAGAUUUGGGACCACCCAUUCAAACCAUUAUCUAAUAACUUGUACUACUUUCAUGAUUAUCAUUGCAGCCUUUUCUGUGCAAAAUAAAAAUUUCCCCAGAAA